GGCAACAAGGAAAAUAGCGAUCAGUGAUUGGAGAAGCUCUAGCUCUUUGAUUGGUCGCCGGAACAGGAAAUGCGAGUGGGCGGGGCUUGAGUUUCGCGGAGGUCUUGGGAAGGCGAAAUGGAGGGUAGUGUGUCUAACGUAAAGAUCUGUAACCUGGCCUACAGCGGGAAGCUGGAUGAGUUGAAGGAGAGCAUUUUGGCUGAUAAAUCUCUGGCUACUAGAACUGAUCAGGACAGCAGAACAGCACUGCACUGGGCAUGCUCAGCUGGUCAUACAGAAAUUGUUGAAUUCUUGCUGCAACUUGGAGUGCCAGUGAAUGAUAAAGAUGACGCAGGUUGGUCUCCUCUUCAUAUUGCUGCUUCUGCUGGCCGGGAUGAGAUUGUAAAAGCCCUUCUGAUGAAAGGUGCACAUGUGAAUGCUGUCAAUCAAAAUGGCUGCACUCCCCUCCAUUAUGCAGCUUCGAAGAAUAGGCAUGAGAUUGCUGUUAUGUUACUAGAAGGUGGAGCUAAUCCAGAUGCUAAGGACCAUUAUGACGCUACAGCAAUGCACCGGGCAGCAGCCAAGGGUAACUUCAAGAUGGUUCAUAUCCUUCUGUUCUACAAAGCAUCCACAAACAUCCAAGACACUGAGGGUAACACUCCUCUACACUUAGCCUGUGAUGAGGAGAGAGUGGAAGAGGCAAAAUUGCUGGUGACCCAAGGAGCAAGUAUUUACAUUGAAAAUAAAGAGGAAAAGACACCGCUGCAAGUGGCCAAAGGGGGCCUGGGUUUAAUACUCAAGAGAAUGGUGGAAAGUGAAGCAGGUUCUAUGUAGUCUGCAUGUGUUUUGUUGUCCUGACUGUCCUGGAAACUGUUGUACUGCUUACAAGGCAUCUUGUAUACGUGAAAAUGUUUUCUUACCUUCAUAAUUUGUUGUAUUGCUCCUACUGAAAUACUUUCCAGGCAAUGAAAAACUGGUGAGCUUGUUCUACUGAUGUCAUUCAUUAAAUCUUGAUUACUUUGGAGUAA